AUGAAUAAAGACUUGGGAGGUGACAACAUGCUUGUUGAGAAUAUUGGAGGUGGCAUUGCAGUUUGCAAGGACAGCAGGGCCAGGGCAACAAGGCGGCGGGACGCGGGCGGGCUCUAUAUAAGGGCGGGCUCAGGGCAGCGAGUCUCUCAGCUCUCACUGUCUCUGUGUGUGUGUCUCUGUCUCUCCCUGUGUGUCUCCCUGUGUGUCUCCCUGUGUGUCCCGGACCAGGCUCACGCUGGAAGCGGCUGCAGCCUCUGCCUGAAGGAGGGAAACUUUCCCGAGCCCCCAGGUCCCGGGGCAGGGACACUACCACCCCCCACCGCCCCCCGGAGCCCGUGGCCACUGACGGGGUGGGGGGGGCGGGGGCGCUCGGCGCUGGCGGCUGAUCGGCCAGGAGGGGCACGCCGCCCGGAGCUGAUGCUUUUGCAGCGGGACACGGUGGAGCUGGGAGCCGAGCCCGGGGGCUCUCGGUGCGGGGCCGGGGCCGGGGGAGGCUGCGGGAACGGCUCGGAGCCCCUCGCCUACUCGGUGCGGGAGGCAGUGGCCCUGAGCUCAGUGGUGGGUUUACUGAUGGCACUCACCAUCUUCGGUAAUGUCCUGGUCAUCAUCGCCGUGUUCACCAGCCGUGCUCUACGGGCUCCUCAGAACCUCUUCCUGGUGUCACUGGCCACCGCGGACAUUCUGGUCGCCACCCUGGUAAUACCCUUCUCUCUGGCCAAGGAGCUCAUGGGUUACUGGUACUUUGGGCGCCUGUGGUGCCAGGUCCACCUGGCCAUUGAUGUCCUGUUCUGUACCGCGUCCAUCGCCCAUCUCUGUGCCAUCAGCUUGGACCGCUAUUGGUCCAUUAGCCAAGCGAUCGAGUACAACCUGAAGAGGACCCCCCGCAGGAUCAAGGGGAUCAUUGUGAUCGUGUGGGUCAUCGCUGCUGCCAUCUCCUGCCCCCCACUCAUUACCAACAUCAGUACCAACCAGAGCCAGGAGCCUGGUACCUGCCACAUUAAUGACCAGGUCUGGUACAUUAUCUCAUCGUGUAUCGGCUCCUUCUUCGCUCCGUGUAUCAUCAUGAUCCUGGUCUAUAUCCGGAUCUACCAGAUCGCCAAGCUCAGGAGCCGGGGCCGCCCCGGGGACAUUCCCAACGGCCUGAACCAGCCGCCUUCCCCCCCCGGAGCCCCGGAACCGGGACAACACAACGGCGGAGACGGACAGGGGGUCCUGGCCGAGGUGGAAGACUCCUCAUCCUCGGAGCAGCCGCCCUGCCCCGCUUUAGCCCCUUCCCCGUCCCCGGCUGCUCACCGCCAGCAUUGCCACCCACCGCAGCCGCAACACACCGCCCCGAACCCGGCCAAGGCCACGGGACAGGUCCGGUGUGUAGACGGCCGGCCGGUCACUAGCCUGGCCCCCCGGAGCCGCUGGAAGGGCCGCCAGAACCGGGAGAAGCGCUUCACCUUCGUGCUGGCCGUGGUGAUCGGGGUGUUCGUCCUUUGCUGGUUCCCGUUUUUCUUCACCUACUCCCUGACCGCUAUCUGCCCCAAACUCUGCCCGGUCCCGGAGAAACUCUUCAAAUUCUUCUUCUGGAUGGGUUACUGUAACAGCUCGGUGAACCCUCUCAUCUACACCGUCUUCAACCAGGACUUCAGGAAGGCCUUCAAAAAGAUUCUGUGCAGGGGUCAGCGCCGCGGCCAGAAACUCUGACAGACCGUGACUGUACCCCUGGGGGGGGGGGG